GACGCGGCAGGUUCCACUUUAGUCUGCCGCAGCGCCGAUCCCGUCGUCCUUAGUCUUUAGUGGGUGUUGUUUUCGGACUCGAAGUCAAACGGUUUACUCUCGAAUUAGUAUAGAAUUAAAUGCAGGACGUUGAUGCUUUCUCGGAAUGAUGAUUUGGUUCACGCGGCGAGUCUCUGUUCCGUAUGGUUCCCGAAUUAGACUGAUCGUAGUCGCUAAGAGUAUUUAGUGCAAGAUCGAGCUCGCCGCCGAGAAACUCAGCCGUCUAUGGCCGUGAAUUGAUAGGCAAGCCUCAGCUUUAUCGGAAUUUAAGUAAACCUGAGAAUAAAAUAAUACGCCGUCGAGGGAAGCCUGGCCAUGGCUCCUCCUGCAGCGUCGUCAGGACCUGUCGGCACCGUCCGAUUUAAGUAUGCGACGGAGCAGCAGGUUCAGCAAUGGCGCACGUCGCCGGAUCUGAUCGCCACGGCGGCUGUCGAUUCGCCUCUGCGAUUCAUCUACGAGCUGUGCUGGACGGUGGUGCACGGAGAUUUGCCCCCAUCGCGCAUCCCAGCAGCCCUGCAAUCCGCAGGCCUGUCCCUCCCGCCCUCCACCUCUCCGGAUGCUGCUGCCGCAGCAGAUGCCGCUGAUGGACCUGCUGCAGACCAACGUGCAGCAGACCAGCAGCAGUCCCCACCUGCCCCAGAUGUGCCCUCCCUCCUCGCGGACACAGUGGCCCAGUUGGCGUUUGAGGUGUCGGGCCAGACUGAACUCCGUCGACGGCUGGUGGAGCUGACCAAGUGGCUGGCAUCCAAUGGGGUCGUGACACCUCGCAUGUUCCAAGAUCGCUGCGAGGCAAAACUGCUGUGGGAGGCGGAGCUGAUCAAGAUGGAGCCCUCUGAGCUCAAGAAGAAAUGCGUGCGGGUGAACACGCGUCUGGUGUACACGCAGACCAAGUUUAACCUGCUCAGGGAGGAUUCUGAGGGAUACGCAAAACUGAUCACCAUUUUGAGUCAGAAGGGCCCACUGGGACUCAACUCACGAUCGGCAAAUGCUGUGGUGGACGCGGUCAAGUCGCUCAUUGGCCUCUUUGACCUCGACCCUAACCGAGUCUUUGACAUUGUGCUGGACUGCUACGAGAUGCAGCCCACCAACACUGCCUUCCUUCACCUCGUCAAGCUCUUCCCCGAGGCUCAUGCGCCCCAGAUUCUCGGAUUCAAGUUCAGCUAUUAUCACCGGCUCAUGGCCGCUGCAGCAGCAGGAACCAAGGGAGGGAAAGGGGGGGGUGGGAGUGGGUCGGAAGGGCGGAUCCCUGACAGCCUGUUUGUGCUGGCGGCUAACUGCAUCAAGACCCAUGUGGUGGAGCUCGCUGCACUGUACCCGUUCUUGGACCCUCCGGACGAGGAGGCAGAGGAGCGAAGCAAGGAGCUCAACGCACAGAGAAUAGCGGAUGUGAACCGCAUAGGCAAGAUCAACCUGGCAGCAACGGGCCGUGAUCUAACAGAUGAUCCGCAGCCUGCCGACGUGUCGAUUGACCUGUACGGGGCGGUGGACGCAGAGGAGAGCGCUGCAGCCAAGGGGUGGGGGGAGGCAGAGAGCAACGAUAAGAUGCGGCUGCUGAAGGCGCUGCUGCUGGUGGACGACUGGCCCCACGCGCGGCAGCUGCUGGAGCACCUGAAGCCGCUGCACCCCGUGGCCCACCCUCCCAUCUGCGCUGCUCUCUGCUCCCUCAUAUCCCGUGCCAUUGCCCCGGCCUACAACACAGUGCACCCAUCCUAUCUCCUCAAGGGAAAAGCCCCAGCGGCUGAUACAACAGCCUUGCCGAACCUGCCUACCUCCCCAGCCUCGGAUGCCGAUGUGGAGAUGGCUGAGGCUGGUUUUGCGGAUGGUGCUGCACGAGGCAGGAGGAAAGGGGAGAGAGUGAGGGAGGAAGAGAGGGACGGAGAGGUGGAAGGGGAGAAGGAUAGAGGAGGAGUGGGAAGGGGGGAGGUGGAGAGCAGGGGAGGGGGGCUGCGGCUGCCUGGGAGGGUGUUUGAAAUGCUUCGGUAUCUGGGGGCCUUCCUCUAUCAGGACACCAUUCUGCUGCAGAAGCUGUGCAAGGUCCUCAAGGCGGAUCUGCUCCAAGCCCGCUCUGCUGCUGCAGUUGCUGUCACUAGUGCCGCCUCUGCCGGAUCGUCCGCUCCUGCUGUCUCUGUUGCUGCGGUCGCGGCGAAUGCUUCGGCUCCUGCUGCUCUGUGCAACGGCCCCUCUCUGUCCGCGCCGACAGCAGCAGCAGCAACAACAGCCAAUGGCCCUAUUCCCUCGGAGUCGAAUGACGCCUCCAUUGCAGUUCCUGACGCGUCUGCAUCAACUGCAGCAGCAACAGCAGCAGCGGUGGCUACAGCAGCAGCAGCAGCAGCGAAGGAGGUGGAGGGGAGGGUGAUUGAAGCGCUAGAGGUGGCGCUGCUGCCGGCGCUGCAGGCGGUGGUGGCGAACCCGCCGGUGUGCAUGCAGCUGUGGGAGCUGCUCUCCUGCAUCCCCUUCCACGAGCGCUACCGCCUGUACGGCGAGUGGGAGAGGGACAACGAGAGCAACCCGCUGGUGCUCGCUGCCAGGCAGAUCGCCAGGCUGGACACGCGGCGCACGCUGAAGCGGCUGGCGAAGGAGAACCUGAAGCCCACGGGGCGCCUGCUGGCGAAGCUGGCGCACUCCAACCCCAUCACUGUGCUGCGGACCAUCGUGGUGCAGGUGGAGGCGUACAAGGAGAUGAUUCCGCCUGUCGUCGAUGCCUUCAAGUACUUCAACCAGCUCGAGUUCGACAUGCUUGAGUACGUGGUCAUCGAGCGCCUGGCUCUCCCGCGGUCUACCAUCAAGGACGACGGGCUCAACAUCGCCGACUGGCUGCAGUGCCUUGCCACCUUCUGGGGCUCCGUCUGCAAGAAGUACCCCCUCCUUGAGCUGCGUGGCCUGCUAAGCUACGUGGUGAACCGGCUGCACGGAGGCGAGGCAGUGGAGCUGGUGCUGCUGCAGGAGCUGAUGGAGCAGAUGGCCGGCAUCGAGACGUCGGAGAACCUCACCGAGGAGCAAUUAGAGGCGCUGGCGGGGGGAGACACGCUGAGGCAGCUCACUGCCUCCUUCGGACAGGCAAAGAACAACAAGGCUCUGGCGAGGUCCAUGGGGAGGCUGAAAGACGCGCUGCUGCCCGUCAAGGGCGAGGCGAAUCUCGCAGUGCCCCUGCUGGUGCUCAUUGCCAGGCAGCGAUCCAACAUUGUGUUCGAGGCUGAGGGAUCGCACAUCAAACUGCUCAGUGAGCACUUGGACCGCUGCCACCUCAUCCUGCUACAGUACGCGCAGUUCCUCACCGCCGCCCUCUCGCCGCCCACCGCGUAUGCCGCCUUCAUGCCGACCCUGCAUGCGCUGUCGCAGCGCUUUCACGUGCCGCCCGAAGCCGCAUUCCUCUUCUACCGCCCCGUGCUGCGCCUCUUCAAGCCCAGCGCUGACUCCCCUGUGGCUUGGCCCGCUCUCGCUGCCGCCGAUGGUGCUGCUGGUGGGGGGGGUGGGGGGGGAGGUGGACGAGGAGGGGAGAAGGGGAAGAGGCAGCAGCAGCAGGUGGGGAGGAAGGGGCAAGGGGAGGGGGUUGUAAUGGAUGGGGUGGUGGAGGAGGGGGUGGAGGAGGAGAGGCAGCAGCAGGAGGAAGAGGAGGACUUGGUGCUCUGCCUGGGGGAUGCGGCUGGCUCAGCUGGCUCAGUUGCAGCUGCUGCUUCUGCUGGCGUUGGUGGCGCUGACACUGCUGAUCGGCCCGUGCACUGGCGAGAUGUGGUGGAGUGGGUCCAAGGCAUGCCACCCGCGGCGGCGUGGCGGGGUCUGUCGCCGCCCUUCUACCUGCUGUUCUGGGGGCUCACCCUCUCCGACCUGCACGUGCCGCGGCAGCGGUACGAGGCCGAGAUGGCCAAGCAGAGGGCGCUGCUGCGGACUCUUGAGGACGUGGGGGAUUCCUCUGGCUCCGCCAUUCAGAAGCGCAAGAAGGAGAAGGAGCGGGUGCAGGAGGUGCUUGACAAGCUCUCAUCCGAGCUGGCUCGGCAGCAGGCUCGGGCCGAGGCUGUGCAACGGCGGCUGGUUCGGGACCGCACGCGCUGGCUCAGCCCCGGAGCCGUGCCUGACAGCUGGCGCAUCGUGCCGUGCUUCCUGCACCACUGCGUCAUCCCCAGGGCUCUUAUGAGCCCUGAAGACGCUGUCUAUUGCGCUAAGUUCAUCCUGCGACUGCACGCAGCGGCCACCCCACAGUUCUGCACGUUUCAGAUCAUUGACGCCUUUGUGUGCAAGAGCUUCCACCCGCUGCUCGCCAGCUCCUCCGAGGCCGAGGCUGGACGACUGGGGCGAUUUGUGCUGGAGAUUCUGCAGGCGAUCUACCGGUGGAAGGCUGACGCAGCAGUGUACAGUGCGGAGUGCCUCAACCACCCGGGCUCGUCCAAGAGCGUGAUGAAGAAGCCCAACAACAACAUGACGCUCGACCAGUUCCGCACGAUCAACUGGAAGUGGAACGCCAAGCUGAUUAAAAUCAACUGGAAGUGGAACGCCAAGCUGAUUAAAGUCCUCUCCACGCUGCUCGAGUCCACGGAGUACAUGCACAUCCGCAACGCCCUCACUCUGCUCUCCCGCGUCGCUGCGGUUUUCCCCGUCACCAAGCGCGGGGGGCUCGUCAUCGAACGCAAGGUGAAUCGCCUCAAGACGGAGGAGCGUCAGGAUCUGAAGCUCAUGGCCACCAGUGUGUCGGCUGCGCUCAAUGCCAAGAAGCAAUCGUGGGUGACUGAUGAGGAGUUCGGAGGAGCGCCUGCUCCCUCUGCCACUCCUCGCGCCGCCUCCCCUGCUCCUCUUGCUGUCUCUCCUGCUGCCGCCACCGCCACUACCACCGCUGCUGUCGCUCCGGCUGCUACUGUCACACCCUCAGCUGCUGCUGCUGGGCGCACUGCUGAGGUUGGUGCUGCUUCCGCUGCUCCUGCUGCUGCUGCUCCUGCUGCUGUUGCCGGUGGUGGUGGUGUUGGUGCUGGUGGGAUUGGAAAGGCUGCUGUUUCUGCCGCUGCUGGUAGUGCCGGUGCUGCUGGCGUCCCUGCUGCUGCUGCUCCCUCUGCCCCUUCUAGUCGCCACCCCACCCCUCCGCCCUCUCGCCGGUCCUCCAUGCCCCCCCCUUCCCCCGAGCGCCUCGCCUCCAAGUCCCCCCUCAUCCACGGGGGAAUGGGGGGAGGGGAAGGAAUGCGUGGGGAGAGGCGGGAGGGUUUAGGGGGAGGUAAGCGCGAAGCAGGAGAGGAGAGGGAAGGGGAGAAGGAGCGGGAGAGGGAUGUGAAGGUUAAAGGAGAGGAGGGUGGGUUUAGAGGGCCAGUUGCAUCUGCUCCUGCUGCUGCUGCUGCUGGUGCCGGUGCUGCUUCCCGUGCUGCUGUCGCUGAAGUUGCUAUAAAGGAGGAGCCUUUAACGAGGACAGUGGGACUGACGCACGAGAGGAGGGAGGAGCAGUGGGAGGAGGGGGAGCAGCCACCUCCCGCAAAGCAUAGAAAGGUGGAUGGAGGAGUAGAGGGAGAGAGAGGGGGGCGAGGAGGAGCAGGAGUGAGCGAAAGAGGAGGGGGGGUUGGAGGAGGUGGGGGGAAGGCAGGGAGCAAGCUUUCCCCAGAUGCUGCUCCCUUCGUUCCCGCAGCACAUAGAGGGGGAAUGGGAGGGGCAGAGGGAGAGAGGGUGAGGGAAAGGGAGAUAGAGAUGAAGGGGGGAAGAAGGGAUGAGGAAGUGAGGGAGGGGAGGGAGAAGGAGAGGGAAAGGAGGGGGUCUGGAGGGAGUGGUAGGCACGAGGAAAGGGCAGGGAGGGGGAGAGGAGAGGAGGAGGAGAGAGGAUCCGAUGAAGGCAAAGGGAAGGGUGGGAAAUUGGGAUUCGGGGGUGAGGGGGCAGGUGGCAGGGAGAGCUUGGGUGUUGGUGGGUCUGGUAAGUGGGGCUUUGAGGAGAGAGAGGAGCAUGAGGCUGGGGAGGUGAGGGGGGAGGGAAGGGGAGGGCAUAAGGGGAGGGAGAGUGAUGGGGCGGAGAAAGGAGGGGGGAGAGAUGUGGUUGAGAGGGGGAAGAGAGGGGAGCGGGAGGAUGGGGAGAGGUAUGUGAGCGGGGGGAGGGAUGAGAGGAGUGAGAAGACAGAGAAGGUGGAGGUGAAGGGUAGGGAGAGGGAGAGGGAGAGGGAGAGAGAGGAAAGGGAUGAUGAUCAGUUAAGAGGGUCUGGUUUUGAAAAAGAAAGGGAUGUGGAGGCAGGGAGGGGAAGAGAGAGAGAAGGGAGAGAGAGGGACAGGGUGAAGGAGAGGGAGAGGGAUGAUAAGGGACGGGACCGGGGACGAGGGGAGAGGGAAAAGGAUCGUGAGGCGGAGAGGGAGGAGAAAGAGGGGCGGGAGAGGGACAAGGGACGCGAGAGGAACCAUGAGGAGGAGCGGGAAAGAGAGAAGGUAAAGCUGAGGGAGCGGGCAGUAGAGGAGAAGGAAGAGAAGGAGAAGGAGGAGAGGAUGCGAGAAGAGAGAGAGAGGCUGAGGGCUCGACUAGAGGAAGACAAGCUGGAGAGAGAGAGGGAGAGGGAGAAGGAGAGGGAGAGGGAGAGGGAGAGGGAGAUGGGGAAGGAGAAGGGGAGGGAGAGAAGCAAGGCGGCUGCAGUGGCGGCUGUUGCUGCGGCUGCUGCCGCCACUGCUGGUCGGAUUGCUGGUGGUGGGGUAGGCGGAGGAGAGGGGAGUGGAGAGAGAGGGCCAAGCGGUGUAAGUCCUGCAAGAGCAGCGGGAGGAGCAGGAGGGGGAGGGGGAGGGGUUGGUGCAUCAGGUGUGAAAAGUCCCAAGGAUGUGGAGGCGGUGGAGGAGGGAGGGAGGGGCAGAGGAGGGAAGAGAAGCGUGAGCUCAUCUGAAGAUGGGGGAGGAGGGGCGGUGGUUGGUGGUGGGGAGCGGGGGGUGAAGCGAGCACGGAAGAGUGAUGGCGAUGCAGAGAGGGAGAGAGGCAGGGAGGAGAGGGGGAGGGAGAAGGAGAGGGAGAGGGAGAGAGACAGGGAGGAGAGGGGAAGGGAGAAGGAGCGGGAGAGGGAGAGGGAGAGGGGAGAGGAGACGCCAAGGUCUUAUGAGCGGGAGGGCAGAGGGGAAGGGAGAGGAGGGGAGCGUAGCAGUGGAGGUAGGGGAGGGGACAAGGGGGAGUGGAGUGAGAGGGGGAGUGUGGAGAGGGGAAGGGGGAGAGACAUGGAGGAUACCGGGUUUGGGGUGGAGGGGCGUGGGGACGUGCACGAGUGGGGGGAGAGGGGUGGUGGCACUGGUGUGCGGGAGAAAGGAGGGUCCGAUCGCAAAGGGGACAGGGAGAGGGAGAAGGAGAGAGAAAGGGAGAAGGGAAGGGAGAGGGAGCGAGGGCAGGUUGACAGCACCCCGGAGAGAGAAGUGAAGGAGGAGAGGGUUGGAGGGCGUGAGAGGGAGGCAGAGCACCUGAAGGAGAGGGAGAGAGAGAGGGAGCGGGAGCAUGAGCGUUCGACAGUGAAAGACAGGCUGGGUGAGAGAGGCAGAGGUGGGAGGGAGAGAGGGGAGAGAGGAGAGAGAGUGGGCGGCAAAGAGGAGCUUGGAACGGAGCAGGACCGCGCAUAUGAGAAGGACAGGGGUGAGAAGGAGCGUGGGGAGAGGGAGCGCAGUGAGAAGGAACGUGGUAUUCUUCCGGAGCGAAGCAUUGAGAGGGGAGGGGGGUUCCGCGUGGUGGUGCGGGAUGUGGGGGAGGAGGGGAGGGAGGAGGGGCAUGCGCUGAGGCAAGGAGCGGGGCAGGGGCUUCGCCACUCACUUGUUGUUGGUGUGACUGUACCUGCUCCUGCAGGAGGCCUUAUUCACGAGCCACGUGAUCGAGACCGCGAUUGGGAGAGAGAGCACGACUGGGACCGGGACGAGCGUGACCGGGACAGGGACAGGGAUCGGGACCGGGAGAGAGAGCGGGACCACCUGCAUGACCGGGAGAGUUAUCGCGAGCGGGAUCGCUCGCCAAGGGAGAGCAAGUUCUCCUCUGCGCCGCCUCCAAGGGAGCUCCAGGGCAUGUCUGCCAUGCCACCACAGCCUCCUGCGCUUGCUUCGCAGCUUGUUCCACCUGGCUCCGCGGCUGCUCUCCCUGCAAAACGCAGGAAGAUCAAGCGGGAUCAAAGCCUCAUGCAGCCGCAUGGCGAUGCCAUGCAUGCACCAGGCAGGGCUGGAUCCCCUGUGGCUGCCAUUGCAGCAGGCGGGCCCUCAGCCAUGCCAAUGCCACUUGCUCCUCCCUUCCACUCUGGAGGCGUUCAUCCGUCCUCUCGGGCGCCCCCUGUGGUUAUGGCGUCUGGGAGUGGCCACCGGGGUGGACCUUUGCUUCAUGUGACUUCAACGCUUGAUGACCGUGGGGACAGGCGGUGGCUUGCUGACGCUGGUGGCAGUGGCGGUGGUGGUGGCAGCAGGAGAAUUGCCGAGGUUGAGUUGCCGCCUUCACGUGGCGCAGGGCCUGCUAGGAGCUCCAGGCUUGCUGGCAGGCUAGGGGAACAGGAUGGUGGAGUCGGAGGGAGCUACGAUCGUAGUGGUCCAGGUCAAGGAGGUGGGGUGCGGGACGAGGCGUGGGAUGAUGACAAGGCACGAAGAGAUGGGCGGAUGAGUAAUAGACGCCAUCGCUGAGCGAGAUCUUCAGCCGUUGAACAGUGGACCAAUGUUGGAGUUGGGACUGGCGUGCUUAUAAUUGAGUCAUCGCAUGAUCAUGGUACUAUAAUGUGGAUGUGUCUGAACUGCAUCCAUGCUUGUGAAUGCUGUUACAAGUGGAUACGGUACUAGAGCACUACUGGAAAGUAUCACUGUUAGAUUCGCUAAAUCUGUAAGGCCAUUUGAACCAGAUAAUGCUGGGCUGCUUUACAAGGAGGA